AUGUUAUUUUUUCUUAUUUAUAUUACAUAAACUCUUUGUUAUUUGAUAUUUGAAUAAAAAGGAAGAAUUAACAAUUCAUUACAUAUCGAAUUAAACAUUACAAAAGAAGAAAAACAACUAUUAGAUAAAGACUUUUUAUGGUUCGAUUUUUAAUUUGAUUUUCCAACACCAAUAUCAAUCUAAAUCUAAAAUACAACUACUUAAUUCCUUUAAUUACUUGAAGUCAAAAUUGAAGAAGCUUAAUAUGGACUUUUUAUAUGUAAAGACUAUUAAUUAUCUAAUCUAAAAACCGAAAUCAUACUUGAUCCAUCCCCAUAGUAUUAAGAUUAAUGGUAUAAGUAUAAUGUUUAGGUUAAUAAAUUUCCAAGAUUUCUCACAAGAUUUCAACCUGAAUUAGGUUUUACUAAAAACUCUUCAGAAGUAUUUUAUUUUAUCAAUAUGACUUAUGAAACUUCUGGCUUUUAUCUAAUUGAAAUUAAUUAUUAUUAUGGAUUUGGAAAUUUGGAACUUUAAACUUGUAAAAAUGAAGCUUGUUUUAAUUAAAAUAAUGAGACCAAAUUAUUACUUAAUUUUUCAUAAAUAGAAUGCAUUUAAAUUUACCAUGAUUCUUUCUAAGAUCUUUGUAGUCAUCAACUUAAAGUAACUACUUAUAAUUCCACAUAUUAUUAUUUAACUUUUAAACACUAUAGUUCUGCUAAUGUAUAAUAUGUAAAACCUAAUAGAAUUACGUAAAUUGAAACCCUAAAUAAAGAAGCUUCUCUUGUAUUAGAUGAUUUAAAUGAAUUAAAUUUUAUCUAUUUAAAUUAAAAGAUAAAAGCAAUCUAAUUCUCCUAAAACUCUAGAAAACACUUUUAUAAUAAUGUUAUAAUUUUGCUAAAAGAACAAUAAAAUUUUCAGGAUUGGGAUUAAAAUUUUUAUAUUUAAUCUACAUCACACUAAAAUUUAACUUUAUAAUAUAUUAAUACAAUAUAGAUUCUCUAUUUGAAUUCAAAUUUUAGAUUAGAAUAAGAAGAGAACUCCUAUUAAUUCUUUUGUGUUCACACAAUAUUUUCUGAAUUCGUAUUUGAAAUAUUUGUUUAUGAUUAUGAACUUCUGGUCUAAAUUUAUUUUUCCAAUCAAACUUAAUUUCCAAAUGAACAUUAAAAUCAAUUUGAAUUAAUAGAAUCGAAUAUUAAGACAAUUUAAAUGAAUGGAAAUAAUAAAUAGUAUAUUGGUAUCAAAACUAAAUAAAGAACUAUAGAAUAUUAAUUAUAUAUAAGAGAACCUAUAUUCUAUCAUUUAAAUUUGUUUUAAUUAAGAACAAUUAACUAUUGUAAAACAUGUUAGAUGGAGUUCAAAUAUUUAUCAAAAUCGAAUGGAGAAAUGUAAUUCCAUAUAUAUUAUCAUUAAAUGAAAUAUGAAGAAGAUCAUUCUCUAUUUGAAAUAAAGUUUAUUGAGAAUGGUAAAUUCAUUCGCUAAUCAUAAACUUAUCAUUCAAAAAAUUAUCUGAGAUUAUCUCUUUUAAUGGAAGAGGGAUUGCUAUACACUAUAAUUACUAGAAGUAAAAUUUAAUAAGAUAUUGAACUUAAAAUAACUGAUACAAAAAUAUUAGAUAUUAAAAUUGAAGAAGAUAUUUCAUCAAUUGAUUUUAAAGUAGAAAUAUUUAAGUUAGAAAAUAAUAAUAAUAAUAUAUAUUAUUUUUAUUUCAAAGAAGAUAUAUAAGAAAAAAUUGAAAUUCUAAAUAGAGAUGGCGAAUCAGAAAUUAAGAAAAUUGCAUCAAAUUAUUAUGAAGUCUUAUUCAUCAAUAAAUAAAAGGAUAGCUUUUUUAUUUAUUUUAUGAUAGCAGGCAUAAACUCUUAAAUUACAUUUUAGGUAUAAGAAAAAAGUUGUGAAAUCAUUAAAACUAUUUCUAAUCAUAUAUUUUUAUCCCCCCUUAAAUAUUAAUAAGAACUCAAAAGCCUUAUUCUUUCUACUUAGAUUAUUGAUUGUGAAUAAUUAAAAUGUGAUGAAUUAGAAAUUUCCAAAAUACUUAUCAUAACAAAAAUAGUUUAUAAAAAUAAAACGAAUGAAUAUACAAAAGGAUACUAUAAUUUAAGCUAAUAUCAUGAAACCUUAAAUGAAUUAUAUGAACCUAUCUAGAAUAUUUAAUCAAUUUAAUUGAUUGCAUCUAUUAAUUCGAAUAAUAAUAAUUUUAAUUUUAGCUCUAAUGAAUAUUAAUUAUUACUGAAAAAUUAAAUAAUGUUAUAAAGGUAAGAACCUUAACUAAAAAAUCUAUUAUUUGCUAUUGUAUAUAUAGUUUUCAUUAUUUUUCUGGGAUACAUAGUCUUUAAAAUGAUUUUUAGAAAGAAAGUGUCAAUCUUUCCAAAAAGAGUGAAAAAUUAUGAAGAUGAAGAAGAAUCUAUAUAAAUUGAUGAUUUGUGA